AACUACGAUGGAAUUUCGUACCUGGAUGAAGAAAAGGAGAAGAAAUUAAGAGACUCGUUAAAAGAAAAUGACUAUGUGAACAAUCACGCGAUUUUCACAAACUUCAGCGACGAAGCAAUAUUCUCCACUGCAAUUGACAGUGUAGCGAAAUGGGUGAAAGACACGAAAUCAAUUGAGAAAUCAAUUGAAUUGAGCUGUAACAAUAUUGCGCAGCAAUGUUACAUCCAGCGCGAGUUAAGAUCGAUGUUCAAGUCAAUUUGGACUGAAUCAAAAGGAAGAACUGAGAUUGUAGUGAUCAAAGUAGAUGCUGAGACGAGACAAGCUCUCGAAGAAGCUGAUAAUGAAAGCCUCGAGAAGAGGAUAAUCGAUUACUUUUUAGGGUUUACCAAAGUGUUCAAGCUUCUUGUUGCCUUGAAGAAGCCAAUUAUCGGCCAUAAUGUCCUUUUGGACUUGAUGUUCAUUUAUAAGCAAUUUUACAGGCCAUUGCCGCAAAAUUAUCUGGACUUCAAGAAGGAAAUUAACAGAAUUUUUCCUAAUAUUUAUGACACUAAGUUUAUUAGUUAUGAAUUAAAGAAAAAAUUAGAUUCAGAUGUAUUAAAAUCGAAUAUUCUUCAAGAGCUUUACGAAUUUUUCAUAACCACUGGACGUGUAUUAAUAAUAGACUCUCCAAAAAUUGAAUUCGAGAAAGAAAACACAGACGAAGAAAAAUACCAUGACGCUGGCUGGGAUUCUUAUUACAGUGGGUAUUGUUUUGUAAAAACAGCAUACGUACACGCGAUUAAAAAACGUGGUCUACGUGAUGGGUUAAUAGAACUGACCAACUCGGAAAUUUUUUAUGGAGUUCAC